UACAGACUGGAACUGGGGAGCUAAGACACUGCGGCUUUCUGUUUUGCACGAUGACACGCUACAAUCCGAUUACCCAUGUUGUUUUUGAUAUGGAUGGAUUACUUUUAGACACAGAGAAUCUAUACACGAUUGCCACUCAGGCAGUAACAUCCCAAUAUGGCAAGGACUACAGCUACGACAUCAAGGAGAAAUGCAUGGGUCGCAGUGAGAGAGAAGGCAGUCAUAUCAUUAUAGAUAGUCUACAAUUGCCCAUUACAGUAGAUGAGUUUAUAAAAAUGUGUAAAUCCCACUUUGCUGAGGUGUUUCCAAGAGCAGAACUGUUGCCAGGUGCGGAUAAACUGGUCAGACAUCUACACAAGCAUAAUGUACCAAUUGCCAUAGCAACAGGUUCAAACAAAUGGAAGUAUGACUUGAAAACAACGAACCAUAAAGAAUUCUUUAGUUUAUUUCACCAUACUGUUCUUAUCAGUGAUGACCCUGAGGUGCAUCAUGGGAAGCCCCACCCAGAAUGUUUUUUAGUCGCUGCCAAAAGGUUUGACGAUUCUCCUUCUCCAGAAAAGGUUCUGGUUUUUGAGGACUCAGGUAAUGGCGUAGUGUCAGCUCAUGCAGCAGGCAUGCAGUGUGUUUGGGUGCCGGAUCCUCGCACGGAUACAUCACAAGUCGCCAACAAAGCCACAUUAAUUAUCUCCUCUUUGGGGGAUUUCAAACCUGAGGAAUUUGGACUUCCAGCUUACUCUUCAUGACAAAGAUACCUCCCCUAACGUAUGAGUCCUACUUGAAGUGCAUACUACGUACAAAUGUUUACUUACUCUUCAUGACAGAGUUACCUCCCCUAACGUAUGAGCCCCACUUGAUGUACAUACUACAUACAAAUGUUUAUGUUAUCACGCCUAUGAGAAAUCAUGUUGUAAGAAACAAUCUAGUGGUGAUAUGGGACCAUUGUGAUAAGCAUGUGUACAAGGUAAUUGCAAGUAAAAUGACAACAUUUGUAAAGAUCGCGAUAUGAAGCUCAAAUGAUACUUAAUCAUUGAUGGAUCAGAAGCUAGAGACUAUGUGAUCUCCUUAGUAACAAAUAGCUUGGGUGAAGAAAACGGUCCUCCCAAAAUUAUUGCAUAGGGAACAGCCUUUUUGUGAAUCACUGUCAGCAAUUUUGUAUCCAUUGGAUUUGCAUAAAUUUCAGCUUUCAAGAUAGUCUGAGUAUUUCUGCAGAGCUUUCGUGAUGUUAUUUUGUACAACUAGGCCUGACUCUAGCUAGCGAAGUGGCAAAAAGUGACCUCUUCCCCAAUGCUGUAACAUUGCACUGCCAUUUUGUUUUCGACAUGAAUGGGUGAUCACGUGACCGCCAACUUCUGACCUGCCUUACAGAACGUGAAAAGUUUUAUACAGAGGUAUAAAUAUGUGAUACAUAUCCACAGUAGGGCUGUGCAUAAUCAAGGCCUUUUGAUAUUUGUCACAGAUAUGGUCUGAAUGUGUUGUUGAUUUAUGAGAAAUGGAUCCAUUCCAUUUAUGAAUGGACCAGGGUUUUGUUGUAAUUAGGUGGCACAGCACUCUGUGCUGGGACACCUAUUGAAGUCGUUAUUUUAAUUAGUUUUCUUUUAUUUUUUGAAAGCUUUUUGAAAGCUUUAAGAGCUGUAAAAAGAAAAGUUUUUAUUGGAUGGUGUUGACAUUUGGUGAUUUUAGGAACACGAUUACGAGGCAAAUUAUGGCUGUUUUUGAAUAAUUUUGGUCAUGUGACUUGGUGGCCAUCUUGGAUUUUAAUCAAAAUCUGUAAAAAUCUUCUUCUCAGGAACCAAUGAAUGGAUUCUUUUGAAAUUUGAUGUACUUGUAGAAUGAUCCCAGUUAGAAGAAGUUUGAAAGAAUCUUAGACAUGCACUGAAAACUUUCGAAGCUCGCCAUUGGUCGAACUUAUGACGUCGUAGAAAAUGUCUAAGUUUGCUUUCAGAUUUUGCCUAUCUUUGUAACUUUUUGAGAUAUGGUCAAAAACUUUUUUCAGUCAGGUAAUUUCAAGAACUUUGGAAGCUAUAAAUCUGAGACUUGCACCAAAUUGUAGCCCAAGGCAUGUAGUUUCUGGCACAUGCACAUGGAUUUGAGCUAUGAUCUAUAGUUUUCUGGCUAGAAAUAUUUAAAUGACACCACCCUACUUCAGAAAUAGAAAUGUAAGCUUGUGCAUUUAACAUAGACUUUGGAGGUUACUGUGUAUUACUAUGCAGGUGCUGCAGGUAACCUACAACAUAGAUCGGCCGCCUGUCACUCAAACCGAGAAACGGACAACUCUCCCUCCUCUCCACAGCUAUCAACGGACAAUUUUCAAUGUUUGCACGUAUAUCCAGCCCUGUUCACGAUAUAUCAUGGCAAUUCCUCCAUACCUCGGUGCUAUCAGGAAUAGAAGUUCGAAGCCAUGACAAAAUAUACGAAAAAUGUCUAUCCACAGAUCUACCCUAGAGUCAUGACAAGCCCAAAACAUGUUACUCUUAUCGGGCCAAAUUCAACCGUUUAAGAAAUUCGCAGCUUCCACUUCCUAUUCAGUGCUAAAUCUUACAUGCCCUUGAGGAAGAGAUAGGCUUUAGGAAGCCGCGCAGAGAAGUAACUACAAGCCGUACGCCAUGGCUUGGACUGAGGAUCUUUUUUAAAGAAAACAACUCACAACUCACUGUUUAUUCCUUCUAACUAUUUCGACCAAAAUUUCAUAUCAUUUCCUGUCAGCUACAUGCACCCUGUCCGUGCCCGCUGUAAAAACUGAACUGAGCCUAGGGAAACCAGAUGUGACACUAGAGUGGGCUGAUUGCACACCAUGUGUCCAGCAACGUGAAACGUAAAUACUUAACCAGGUGCUGUAAUCGCCAAGGCCUAACUUGAUCAAGGCGCUGUGGUGGUUUUCAGCACUAGAUGCAUUGUAUAUGAUAUCUGGUAGUGUGGGGUUCAAACCUACUUGAUUAUUUUUCAUUUUUGUCAAGCUUUUUCUCCAUGUUGCCUGUUUUUGUAAAUAUUGUUACAAUUUAUACAUGCAGGUUGAAUGUGUUGAAUUUUACAUUGUCUGUGUACGUUGGCAGUUGAAUAAAGCUAUUCGUUGUUAUGUGUGUUAGCAUCUGUUGUUAAACAGAUGUUUUCCAAAGCUUAAUUUUUCCGAUCAUGGCAAAUUAGUGCAGUGCAUUACUGUCAUAGUGUUUUCUUAUUUGACAUUCAUUUGAGCCUUCAUGCUUGGCCACGUAAGGUAAGGAACGUAACAGAUGUAAUUUUAUAUUUUGAUGAAUUGUUAAGGUUUUUGUAAACUGCUGGCAGUUAUUUUGAAGUUGAAAUCAACUGUUUUACCUCGUGGUCAGUUUUGGCAGAGGGAGUGUUGUCACGUCCGUCUCUCUCACUGUCCAUCCGCAAGAAAUCUUGAAGGUGUGGUUAGUGUUGAACCUUUCUGGAGGUCAUGCAUGGCUUGUACUGAGUGAUGUGAUUUUGUCUGAAAUGAGUCUUAAUAAUGAGUAUAACUUAACUCCUAUCAUGAGUUAUUCCUGAGCCAGGGAAUCACAGUGCGGGGAUAAACUACCCCAGUUCUUCUUUUUUGAGGGACAGAAAUUUGUAGUGUUGAAAGUACAGUAUUACAUUUCUUUACCAGCCUUUUGGAAAAGUAAAGAUAUGAGUAUAUUGUUCAUUAGAUGGUCUAACCACGGGAGAAAAAAGAAACUCAUUAUUCCUGCUACAAUUACAUGUACAUUUGCUAAAUGAGCAAACCAGGUGUCCCAAAAAUUAGAAAAAAUAGGUUAGUACCUGAAUAUGCAUGAUUUGUAUAAAAUUGUUUA